AUGCGCAAUUUGCGAAAUGUCUGGCUGCGGGAAACGCAAAUCCAGAGUGACCUGCCUCUGACGGCCACCGCUUGGGAUAUCUCGUCGGACUCGGUCGUGUGUACCUUUGGCCCAACGGAGCAGAGCCCUAUCAUCGAACUGCGGAGGAAGCGUCCUGAUGCUCAGACUGAUGACCAGGCCGAUCUCCCUCUGAGCCGCGAUGCGCUUGACUGUCUGGCCUCUUGGGAUGCCCCAUCCCCAUUGCCUGAUCUUCCAUGUGAUCGAAUUCUGUCAUUGCAUUACUUUGCUGACAACCUGACGGCAUGUCUAGUGCUGGAGGGUGGUGAUAUCAUCAUGGUCCGCGAGGAGCCCCUCCCCGGAGAGGAUAAGAUUGAAAUCCUGGGCUCAGUGGAUGUCGGAAUCAGUGCGGCUGCAUGGUCCCCAGAUGAGGAGUUACUGGCUAUCACAACCCGAGCUCGUACACUUCUGUACAUGACGAGAGAGUUCGAAAACGUAGCCGAAAUCACACUCACCGAGGCUGAUCUCCAGGCUUCCCAGCAUGUCUCAGUCGGCUGGGGUAAGCGAGAGACCCAGUUCCAAGGAAAGAGAGCCAAGGCUCUUCGAGAUCCCACUGUACCAGAGAAGGUAGAUGAGGGAAAACUGAGCAGCAACGAUGAUGCUGCCACUACGAUCACCUGGCGAGGUGAUGGCGCGUACGUUGCAGUGAACAGCAUUGAAGAAGGCGCUCGCCGUGCCAUUCGAGUAUACUCAAGAGAAGGUACCCUUGACAGCGUGAGUGAGCCUGUCGAUGGACUUGAGGGAGCCCUGAGUUGGCGACCAUCUGGAAAUCUCAUCGCAGGCAUUCAACGACUGGAUGAUCGGAUUGAUGUUGUCUUCUUUGAACGCAAUGGAUUGCGCCAUGGCCAGUUUACUCUCCGUCUUACCGAGGAAGAACGACUAUCUUGGGGAUCACAAAUCCUUCUUUCAUGGAACAUCGAUUCGACUGUGCUCGCCGUUCGCUUCAAAGAUCGAGUUCAGCUCUGGACUACAGGCAAUUACCACUAUUAUCUCAAGCAGGAGAUCCCCAUUAUUGUCGACCCACAACUGUCUCUCCCUUUCGCCUUUGAGUGGCAUCAAGAAAAGGCAUUGCGAGUAGUCGCAGGCUCGUCUGACUCCAUUCUGGAUCUGGAAUACGCGUUCGAUCUCAAUCACGGCUCCACUGUCAUCCCUGAUGAUGUCGGUGCUGUCGCUGUAAUGGAUGGGCAAAUCCUUAAAUUGACUCCUCUCCGUCUGGCUGGAGUACCGCCUCCAAUGGCGCAUAAUGAGUUGAAGUUGGACUCCAAUGCCAUUGAUGUUGCUUUCAGCCAGUCCGGCACUAGGAUUGCAGUUCUCAUGAAAGAUAGCUUCUCGGUUUUCUUGUGGUCUUUGAAGAGUCGCCCAAUUCCUGGUCCGAUCUUAGAGUCAAGUUACCCGCUAUCAGAUUCCGCUACCAGUCGGCCCAGGCAGAUCGCCUUUGUUAACGAAAACGAAGUCUUCGUUUUGAGAGAGUCUGCGCCUAACUCUACCGUCAUCGAAAAAACCCUACUGGAGACUCGCGAUACCGAGGUUGUCCAUGAGGCAGUUAGUACCCGGUUUUCUUCGAUUUCUCCAGGAAUCGGUCACAAUUCUCUAUGGGUUUCGCAUAAGGCAAACAAGGGUGCUACCUACACGAAUAUCUCUAUCGACUCCGAGGGAUUACUUGAAGUUUCUCCCUGGGCCGAGAGUCCGAAUGUUGACACCCCUUGGGCCCGUGCCGUGUCAAUCUCGGAGGACGAAAAGGUACUUAUUUCAAUGUCACGAACAGGCACACUCUAUGCGAACAAGCGCGUGUUGGCAAAGAACUGCACCUCCUUCCUGACGACCCCCUCUCAUCUUCUUUUUACAACCUCCCAACACCUGCUCAAGUUCGUCCACUUGAACCGCGUGGACGAGAUGGAAGUUCCAGAAGAUACCCCCGAAACAGAUGAAAGAUGCCGGAGUAUUGAGCGAGGCUCGAAGCUGGUGUCGGUUAUUCCAUCAGUAUUCGCUGUUGUUCUACAGGCACCCCGUGGAAACAUCGAAACAAUCUACCCACGUGCCUUGGUGCUGGCGGGUAUUCGAACAUUCAUCGACCAGAAGAAAUACCGAUCUGCCUUCCUGGCAUGUCGCAGCCAAAUGGUGGAUAUGAAUAUUCUCCACGACUACGCCCCUCAACAAUUUAUGCAGAGUGUUCUGCUGUUUAUCGAACAAGUCAAGAAAGUUGACUUCAUUGAUGAUUUCCUUUCUCGUUUAAAGGAGGAGGAUGUCUCGCAAACACUGUACAAAGACACACUGAAGAUCUCCAAGAACGAGUCCGCGGUCGUUGCCCAGCCAGACACUCCAGCUGUGACUUCUGUGCCAAAGACAAGCAAAGUCAGCAAAGUCAAUACUAUCUGCGAUGCUUUCCUAGCAAUCCUUCAAAAUCGGAUGGACACUAAUCUACAGAACCUGGUGACAGCACACGUGUGCAAGUCACCCCCUGAUCUUGAAGCAGGAUUGGAGCUGGUCGCUGGAUUACGAGUCAAAAGCCCAGAGCAGGCAGAUGAUGCUAUUGAGCAUAUGUGCUUCUUGACCGAUGCUUACCGCCUAUACUCCCACGCUUUGGGAAUCUAUGACCUCGAGCUCACUCUUCUCGUGGCUCAACAGGCACAAAUGGACCCCCGAGAAUAUCUCCCCUUCCUUCGAAAGCUGCAGCAAUUGCCCGAGACUCGACGGAAAUUCGAGAUCGACAACCACCUUUCUCGAUUUGAGAAGGCCUUGAAGCAUCUCUUUGCACUUGCUGCCCACGAUGAAAUUGAGGCAUACGUCACAAAACAUGUUCUCUACAAGGAGGCCUUGGAAAUCUAUAAGUAUCAGCCAGAGCAGCAGAGACAGAUCACCCGCCUUUAUGCCGAGUACCUAGAAGAAAACUCGAAGCCCAAGGAUGCAGCGAUCGCCUACGAAUCUCUCGCACAAUAUGAUGAAGCUCGCAAAUGCUAUAAGCGUGCUCACCUUUGGCGCGAGUCUUUGUACUGCGCGAUGAUGGCAUCUCUACCCGAAGCCGAGCUUGCCGCCCAUACCACCGAACUGGCAGAUACCCUCGUCGACGAAGUUCGCGACUAUAUUUCUGCAGCAACCAUCUACUCCGAACACCUGCAUGACAUUACUACCGCGGCCAAACUUCUCUGCCGCGGCUCGAAGUUUGCCGACGCAGCUCGCCUGCUCACUCUACACGGGAAGAAGGAGAUGGUGGAAGAAAUCGUAGACUCCGGCCUAGCGGAAGCAAUGGGCUCCAUGACUGACCUACUCGCCGACUGCAAGAACCAGCUCAACGCCCAAGUGCCACGAGUCGCUGAACUGCGCAAACUUCGCGCCGAAGACCCUCUCGCUUUCUACGGUGGUGACCCAACCGGCGGCGAAGGCGGCGUCGAUAUCCCAGAUAAUGUCUCGCUUGCCCCGACCGAGGCAUCGACACUGGCCGGUCGCACUAUGUUCACUCGGUAUACUAGCAAGACUGGACGGACGGGCUCUUCACGACAGACGUCCAAGAACCGCCGACGCGAGGAGCGCAAGCGUGCUAAGGGUCGGAAGGGCACUGUUUACGAGGAGGAGUACCUGGUCAACAGUAUCAGACGUCUUAUCGAACGGGUAUACACAACUAUAUCAGAAGCCGAGCUGCUUGUCGAUGCGCUGCUACGACGUGGAAUGCGCGAGCGUGCUGCUGCUGUCGAGAAAGCGUUGGCGGACGUUAUGAAGAUGUGUGCGGAUUGCCGCGAUGAUGUCUUUGAGGUACAGAAGGUUGAGGCUCCUAAGAGCGAGGAGGCUGAGGAUGGGGCCUUUGAAGACUCCAAUCUCCCUCUCCGCGGUGGUUCGGCUGUGCUUGCGGAAAGUCUUGAUGCCCUUGAAGGCGGGGCGCGUGCCAAAGAACCUCCUGCUCUCAAGGAUAUGAAGAAGUCUUCUCUUCUGGCUUGA